GGCCGGGCAGCGGAGCCUCCGGAGCCUCCGGAGCCCCCCGUGCCCCCCAUCCCACUGCUGGCACCCAUGGAACCCCGGCUGCCCCCCCUGUGCCUCCUGCUCCUGCUGGGAACGUGGGCCAUUCUCGACUGUGGAGGAGCCACCUGGAUGCCUCGAGAUCCCGGCCUGCGGCUCGUCGGUGGCGGAUGCCGCUGUACCGGGAUACUGGAGGUGGACUGGGAAAGCCGUUGGAGACGCGUGUGCCGGGGUAAUGUGAGACGGUCCAACCUGGAUGAAAUCUGCCGACGGAUGGGCUGCGGCCCCCCCAGCUCUGAGCCCUUCCAGCUCGUCAUUCCCGGCGGGAAGGAGCCACGUGCGCAGCCUGUGAGGUGCAGGAAUCCGGAGGGAGCGCUGGUGGAAUGCCACUGGAAGCUGGAAAACUGCACGGAGCACGUUAUUGUCUCCUGCAAAGAGCCAGAGAAAACCACUCCCAAGCCCCCACCGGCACCUCCGGACACCACUCCGGAGCCCACCGGACCACCCAGGCUGCGGCUGGUGGACGGGAAUUUCAGCUGCUCCGGGUUCCUGGAGCUGCACAAGGGGGGGCUGUGGGGGGCCGUGGCCAGGAUGCCCCCGCACAUCUGGGCACAUCUGGGCACCCGCAUCUGCCGGGACCUGCGCUGCGGCACCGCCGGGCACGGACGCCGGGAGCCAGAGCCCGGGACCCACCUGCCGGUGAGGUGGGAAGUGCUGGAGCCCUGUGAGAGCCAUUCCCUCCUGGAAUGCUUCAACAGGACCAGCUCCCGGGGGAAAACUCCUGCCUUCGUCACCUGCUCAGAUUCCGAGCCGCGGGUGCAGCGGAGGCUGGGCUCCGGCCCCACCCCGUGUGAGGGGGACAUCCAGGUUUUCCACGGGGGCCAGUGGCUGUUGCUGUGUGACAAUGGAGCGCGGCGUUCCCAGCGCGGUCGCCAGCUCUGCCGGGAGCUGCGCUGCGGGAAUCUCACCUCCAGCGCCGAGAUCCGGGAGCCCCCUUCCACGGGAGUCACCUGUGGGAUCGACCCCCUGCACCUCUGCCACGGGAACCUCGGGAGCCCCCGGAGCUGCUCCCGGACCAGAGUCGUGUGCCAGGACUCCAAGCCAGUUCCCAGCGGCACAUCCGCCGGCACCGUCGUGAGCAUCUGCCUGGCCCUGCUGCUCUUCUUUGUCCUCCUCCUCGUCUGCGGCCCCCCCGCCUGCAGGAGGCUCCGCAAGAGGAUCUCCAAGAAAAAGCAGCGCCAAUGGAUCGGCCCCACAGGCCUCAACCAGACGGUCUCCUUCCACCGCUCCAGCUCUGCUGCUCCGAGGUCUCGGGGACAGGGAGGGGACAAUGACUACACCGUGACCCCGCCCAAGAGCUCCCAGCUCUCCGCUUAUCCAGCCCUGGAAGGAGCGCUCCGACAUUCCAACCCCCCGGAGAACUCCUCGGACAGCGACUAUGACCUGCGCUCUGCCCGCAGGGUGUGAUUCCCAAAGGAUUCCCAAAGGAACCGUUCCCGUCUCCCGGCUCAGCUGUAGGGGGAUCCCAGCGUUCCAGGGAGAAAAAGAGGAGUUCUGGGGGUUCUUAAGGUAUUUAUACGGAUUUAGGAGGCCUUUUGGAGAGGGAUCAUCAGGUUUUCCAUGGCUCCAAACCCAUGGAUAAAGGAAAGGGAUUCAAGUCCAGGGAGGGUGGGAAUACUGGGAAGGAAUCCAAGAUAUUUAAUAUCCAA